AUGUUACCUAUAAUUUUAUUAACAAUUUUUCUUUGUCUUGUAUUAACAUAUGUAUUAAUUAUAUUAAAUCGAUAUAAAUAUUUUUCAUUACAAGAAAUACCAGGACCUCGGCCACAAUUUUUUUUUGGUAAUUUUAAUACACUAUGGAAUGCUGAAUUUCCUUCUCGACAAUUACAAACAUGGACAAAACAAUUUGGACAAAUAUAUGGAAUUUAUGAAGGAACAACACCGACUUAUGUUGUAUCCAAUGUUAACUUUUUACAAGAAGUACUUAUUAAACAAUUUUCAAAUUUUCAUGCACGAAAAGUAGCAGUUCGAACAACAAAUGCUCAACUUGUAAAUUUAUUUAAUUCAGAUGGAGCUAGAUGGAAACGUCAACGAUAUGUAAUAAAUCCAACAUUUUCAGCAUUAAAAUUAAAACAAAUGUCACCACUUAUUAACGAUUGUAUUAAUCAAUUGAUGACUAAAUUACCAACAUAUGCAAAUGAAAAUGAAGAAUUUAAUAUCUAUGAAUUAUAUAAACGAAUGACAAUGGAUGUUAUAUGUCGAUGUGCAUUUGGGAUUGAUACUGAUAUGCAAAACGAUCCAGAUAAUAUCUAUUUGAAAAAGGCGUAUAAAGUAUUUGCCACUGAUACUCGUAAACGUCCCGUGGCGAAACUAAGUGUUCUUAUACCAUCAUUAAAUUCAUUAUUUAUUAAAUUAUUUUUAUUACAAAAUAAUCUAAAACAUUUUAUAAAUCAAGUAUUUCCAUCGUCAAUUAAAUAUAUCGAAGAAUUUCCAACUCUAUGGUUGGGAAAUCGUAUACAUGAAGUAAUUGAAAUGAGAUCUAAGGGAGCUAAACAACGAGUCGAUUUAUUACAAUUAAUGUUAGAAGCAGCAACACGAAAUGAGAUAAAGGAAGAAACAAGUAAGAAGAAUGUUGUAGAUGAUGAAGGAGUUAUAGCAAAAGUAUUAACAUAUAAUGAAGUUAAAAAUAAUGUUGUUGUAUUUAUGCUUGCUGGUUAUGAAACAACUUCGACUGCUCUUGCCUAUUGCACGUAUAUAUUAGCCAAUCAUUCGGAUGUACAACAAAAAUUACAGGAUGAAAUAGAUCAAUACAUUGUCGAUGAUGAUCAACAAAAUCCUGAUUACGAUAUUGUCAAUCGUAUGGACUAUAUGGAUAUGUUUAUUAAAGAAGUUUUGAGAAUGCAUCCAAUUGCUCCUAGAGCAAUCAAUCGCGAAUGUAUCAAGGACACAAUUGUAUGUGGAUAUAAAAUUCCAAAAGGUUCAGUUAUUCAACCAGAUGUUUAUAGUAUACAUUACGAUCCUGAUUUAUGGGGUCCUGUUGAUCCUGAAAAAUUUCAUCCCGAGCGUCAUUCCACUAAGCGACAUCCAUUAUGUUACUUACCGUUUGGUUCAGGUCCACGCAAUUGUGUUGGAAUGAGAUUUGCUUUAACUGAAAUGAAAAUAUUAUUAACAAGAUUAUUGAAACAAUAUACAAUUGUUAAAUGUGAUAAAUUAGAGGAAAAACUGAAUAUUAGACAAAUAACUGUUAUUGCGCCAGAAGCAAUUUGGGUUAAAUUAGAAAAACGCAACCGAUAG